AUUCAUUCAGCAAGCGCAAAACAAUAGAAAUUAAAUAAAUAGCAAACCGGUCGACCGAGAAAAUAUUAUUUAGGUAAUAAAUUAAGUAGCUUUGUUUGAAGCUAAGAUAGCUCUCAAGCGGAUCGGAGAGGAUCAUGGCUAAUAACGCUGUACUUUUCAUUAUAACCAUUGUGGUUUCUUGCACCACUUGGUUUCAUCCCCAGCGAUUCACCACCGUCAAAGCUGUAGCUGAUGAUAAUUCCCAAUGGCUUCCUGCAGAUGCAACAUGGUAUGGAAACCGAACCGGUGCCGGAAGCGAUGGUGGAGCAUGUGGAUACACAAACAGCGUAGCAGAACCACCCUUCUCUUCUCUAGUGUCAUCAGGCGGUCCUACACUGUUUAACUCAGGGAAAGGGUGUGGAAGUUGCUACGAGAUAAGGUGCAACUCUAGUGUGGAGGCAUCGUGCUCGGGGACUCCGAUACGAGUAGUUAUCACGGAUCAAGGCCCCGGGGGGAUCACCAGUCCCACCGCAACUCAUUUUGAUCUGAGUGGCACUUCUUUCGGAGCCAUGGCAAAGCCUGGCCUAGCUGAUCAGCUCCUUAACGUUGGACAACUCCAAAUUCAAUACAGGAGGACGACGUGUAGCUACCCGGGGGUAGACCUGACCUUCCACGUGGAUACAGGUGCAAAUGCCGAAUACUUUUCAACACUGAUCCAAUACGUGAGCGGCACAGGCGAACUAAAACAAGUUUACCUGAAACAAGCUUCCCAAGAAGAGUGGCUUCCCAUGGAACAUUCAUGGGGGGUCACAUGGAAGCUUCCCAGCUCCACACCCCUGAAAGCCCCUUUUUGCUUCAAACUGGUGGACAUAGAUAAUAAGACUCUCGUUGCCCAGAACGUCAUUCCUGCCAAUUGGACCCCCGGAUCCUUUUAUAAAUCGGCUGUUACAUCUUUUGUCUAGCUCAUUCCCCUCCUUCUAUUUCUUUAUUUAUGCAUAUAUGUAUUCUAAAAUUAAAUUAAAGAAUGAUGAACAAAUUAAAUAUAUACCGAGUAUGUUGAAUGUUCUUCAAUUCGUUCGUCCACUGACUGGUAUAUGUAUGUAUUUCUUAAUAAAUGAUGAAUACCUCAUGCAUAAUAAUAAUAAGGCUCAAAUGUAAUU